AUGGGCGCUACGGCUUUUUCAAAUGUCGCAGGAAGCAUCGUUGAUAUGACGACGGAACGCGAGCGGAAUCCAUACAAUACCAUGUUUCGCUUCUUCACAUUCAUGGGACCUGCAGUCGCAGCUACUGUUGGCGCUGUUGUUGUUCAUGAUUCUAACUGGCAUUGGAACUUGCGCAGUUUACCUGUUGCGGCAUUCGCUUGCCUGGUACUAUACACAUGGACAGUGCCUGAGACGUAUCUACCGAUUCUCAUUGAACAGCAGAUCGAGACCGAGAUGGAGAACGUGGAAGAGCAGCUACAUCAUCAUUCAUGGUUCCAUCGGAAAGUAAACCACAUUUACCAUCAUUUGCCCGGUCUGAAACUCGUGAAAUUACUUUUAUGGCGCGUGAUUGUGUCACUUCCUGUACCAUGGAUUCUCCUGAUUGAAGAACCACUAAUUAUGGUCAUUACGUUUUACACGUCUCUUCUGUAUGGCUUGCUGUAUGGAUUCCUUCUCAUUUUUCCUCAGGUUUGGGGCACAGUCCGUGGCUUCUCUCCCGUUCAGGUGGGCUACACGUAUUUUGCCGUGAUGGCAGGAUUCUGCUUGUCCACUGCGUUUGUAUCGCUUUGGAUCCAAAACACAGAGUACAGGCGUGCAUACGAUAUGAACAAACACUCACCGGAGCUACGGAUCCGCUCCGGUCUGUUUUCCACCUUCCUCGUACCGAUAGGGCUGUUUCUCUUCGGUUGGACAGCACCAUUCCCGCAUGUGCAUUGGAUUGUCCCGUGCAUUGGCGCCAUGUGCUUUUCAAUGGGCAUGUUAUGCGUUUUCAGCUCAUGGAUGGCAUACAUGACCGAUACGUACAGCAAUAACACAGCCGCUGUGAUCGCAAUGAAUUCAUUCGUACGCUGUGGACUUGCGGGGGCUUUCCCCUUAUUCACUGAACAGAUGGUCACUGGCAUGACAUUGCAAGGUGCGAUGACUUUGUUCGGUGGCAUAUCGAUCCCGCUCUCUGGCGCUGGCCUCGUCAUUGCUUUCUAUGGAAACCGGAUCCGGGAAAAGAGCCGACAUGCUGUGUAUGGAUAG